ACCCCCUGCGCGUCAGUCAUGUGAUUCAACCGAAGACAGAGGCGCAGUCUUUGGAUGAUAACAAACCUCUUUUUCACUCUGUUCUGCGCCGUUAAUGUUAUUUUCACAAUGUCGGGAUCUUAAUUACGAUAUUGCUGACGUCCAAGAAAAGGUUUCGAGUCAGGGGAGAUUUUUCUAAAAGCAUACCAAUGGCGGAAGUGGUGGAAGAGAACCGAAAAUCAAGUGAUGACUUCACGGAUGAAUCUGAGGAGGAGGACAGCGAGGAGGAACCCAAGCUGAAAUACGAGCGCCUCUCCAACGGCGUGACGGAAAUCCUCCAGACCGACGCAGCCAGCUGUAUGACCGUCCAUGACAAGUUUCUUGCCCUGGGGACUCAUUUUGGGAAGGUCUUCCUGCUGGACAUCCAAGGAAAUGUCACCCAGAAGUUUGAAAUUAGUUCGGUGAAGAUCAACCAAAUCAGUCUGGAUGAAAGUGGGGAGCACGUGGGCAUCUGCUCCGAGGAUGGCAAGGUUCAAGUGUUUGGCCUCUACACAAGAGAAGGCUUCCACGAGAACUUUGACUGUCCCAUAAAAGUGGUGGCAUUACACCCCCACUUCUCCCGAUCCAGCAACAAACAGUUUGUCACCGGCGGCAACAAGCUUCUCCUGUACGAAAAGAACUGGAUGAAUCGCUGGAAGACCUCGUUGCUGCACGAAGGCGAGGGCUCCAUCACCAACGUCCAGUGGAGAGCCAACCUCAUAGCGUGGGCCAACAAUGUGGGCGUCAAAAUCUACGACAUCAGCACAAAACAGAGGAUUACCAACGUGCUGCGGGACAACGUCAGUCUGAGACCUGACAUGUACCCCUGCAGCCUGUGCUGGAAGGACAACACCACCCUCAUCGUGGGCUGGGGGACCUCCAUUAAGAUUUGUGUGGUAAAGGAGCGCAAUCCCACGGAAAUGAGAGAUCUGCCGAGUCGUUACGUGGAAAUAGUGUCUGCAUUCGAGGCGGAGUUCUUCAUCAGCGGGCUGGCGCCGCUGGCAGAUCAGCUGGUCACCUUGUUCUUUGUGAAGGAGAACCCUGAGCACAUGCAGGACGAGGAGUUCCUGGCGCGUCCUCGUCUGGACAUCAUCCAGCCUCUCCCUGAGAGCUGUGAGGAGAUCUCCUCCGAUGCACUGACCGUGCGCAACUACCAGGAGAACGAGUGUCGGGACUACCGCCUUGAACACUCGGAGGGAGAGUCGCUCUUCUACAUCAUCAGUCCCAAAGACAUCGUGGUGGCCAAGGAGCGGGACCAGGACGACCAUAUUGACUGGCUGCUGGAGAAGAAGAAAUAUGAGGAAGCGCUGAUGGCGGCGGAGAUCAGCUUCAAAAACAUCAAGCGACAUGACGUGCAGAAGAUCGGGAUGGCCUACAUCAACCACCUGGUGGAGAGGGGCGACUACGACGCCGCUGCAAGGAAGUGUCAGAAGAUCCUUGGCAAAAACAUGGAAUUGUGGGAAAAUGAGGUGUACAGAUUCAAGACCAUCGGACAACUGAAGGCCAUCAGUCAGUAUCUUCCCCGAGGGGACCUGCGCCUCCGACCGGCCAUCUAUGAGAUGAUCCUGCACGACUUCCUCAAAACGGACUACGAGGGUUUUGCCACGCUGGUCCGGGAAUGGCCGGGAGAGCUUUACAACAACAUGGCCAUCGUUCAAGCGGUCAUGGACCACCUGAAGAAGGAGCCCUCCAACAGCACCCUGCUCACCACUCUGGCUGAACUGUACACCUACGGCCAGCGCUACGACAGGGCGCUGGAGAUCUACCUGCGGCUGCGGCACAAAGACGUGUACCAGCUCAUCCACAAACACAACCUCUUCUCCUCCAUCGAGGACAAGAUCGUCCUCCUCAUGGACUUUGACAAAGAGAAAGCUGUCGAAAUGCUGCUUGACAACGAAGACAAGAUAUCGAUAGACAAGGUAGUUGAAGAGCUUGCAAACCGGCCCGAGCUUCUCCACGUGUACCUCCAUAAACUGUUCAAGCGGGACCACCACAAAGGCCAGAAGUAUCACGGGAAACAGAUCGGCCUCUACGCCGAGUACGACCGCCCCAAUCUACUGCCCUUCCUAAGAGACAGCACCCACUGCCCUCUGGAGAAGGCUCUUGAGGUUUGUCAGCAGCGACACUUUGUGGAAGAGACCGUCUUCUUGCUCAGCAGGAUGGGCAACUGCAAGCGGGCCCUGCAGAUGAUCAUGAAGGAGCUGGAGGACGUGGACAAAGCCAUCGAGUUCGCCAAAGAGCAGGACGACGCCGAGCUGUGGGAGGAUCUCAUCACCUACUCCAUCGACAAACCCCCGUUCAUCACCGGCCUUCUCAACAACAUCGGGACCCACGUGGAUCCCAUUCUGCUCAUCCAUCGCAUCAAGGAGGGCAUGGAGAUCCCCAACCUCAGAGAUUCCCUCGUGAAAAUCCUCCAGGACUACAAUCUGCAGAUCCUACUAAGGGAAGGAUGUAAGAAGAUUCUGGUGGCCGACUCGCUGUCCCUCCUUCAGAAGAUGCAUCGCACCCAGAGCAGAGGCAUCAUGGUCGACGAAGAGAAUAUUUGUGAGUCGUGCCAUGCUGCUGUUUUACCCUCAGACAUGGCCAAACCUUUCAGCGUGGUGGUGUUCCACUGCAGACACAUGUUCCACAAAGAAUGUUUACCGUCCACAGGAACAAUUCCCGGAGUGCAGUUUUGUAACAUCUGCAGCGCAAAGAAACGCGGGCCGGGAAGCGGGAUCCUGGAGAUGAAAAAGUAGCUGCUUAGGCAUCCAUCCAUCCAUUUUCUACCGCUUGUCCCUUUUGGGGUCAUGGGGAGUGCUGGAGCCUCCUAGCUCAGCUGCAUUCAGGUGGUAGGUGGGGUACACUCUGGACAAGUUGCCCCCUAGACAAAUAUAUGGUACAUUGCUAUUUAAAUAUGAACAAUCUGCUUGCCACUAAUGUGAUAAACUGUCUAGGAAAAUAAAGCAAAACUGAUUUAAAAAAAAAAAAGGUUGAGAUGUUUCGAGUUUUUUUCAUAAUCUAUUUGGAAGUGCCCUAUUUCCCCCACAAUGGAUUCAUUUUCCGGCCAGCAAUAUUUUAAAUAUAUAUUUAUUAUUUUGUACGAAUUUAACAAAAAUCACACGUG